UAAUUUGAAUGACAGACUGACACAGAGGCAGUCGACUUACUAAAUCAACGAAUAACAGAAAGAGAGAAAGAGAGACGGUAUUAACAAGCGGACAGAUAAAGUAAGCCGAGUAAGAGAAACAAACGAAUUUGUGCAAUUGUUAGGUGAAAGAAAGCUUGAUCGUAAAACGGACCCAGUUGUCGGUGAAACAACAAACCAAGAGAGCGAACAAGUAGGAACAGGAACUUGUCACCAACCAUCAGAAAAGCUAAUCGUCGUGCAUAGUAAGCUGACGCCCCCGUAGCUUUGCCAGAAAAAGUAUAAAGUAGUCGAUCAGCAGUGUUGCCCAGUCAAAGACGUUGUGGAAUUCCAGACAGUUCGUUUUCAAGCCGAAGAUAACAGACACUUCUAAGAAAGCAGAUCAUUGGGAUUUGAUCCUCAUUAUAAAGCAAACAAUGGACUGUCGAUUAAUUGCAUUAGUUAGUGUUUGUCUCUUCCUGCUGACGUCACCAGCUCUAUCAGCACCAGCAGCAGAUGCCAGAAGCCAUCUUGAACAGAGUAAAGAUGUACCGUUAAGCAAACGACCCAAAUAUAUGGACACUCGGGAUCCACAAGAUAUCUUCAAGGACCUUGUUUAUCUAACUUUGCAGCAGCUGGUUUCAGAGGGUAAGGUCACCCCAGACGUAAUGACCGGCGCUGACAUUGGUGUUCCAGGCAAGAGAGGUCACCAGGGACUGUGUCUUAGACGUACCGCCAGUCAGAGAUUCAUCGCUUAUCCCUGCUGGCAGUCAGGAAGCAAAUAAAUGCUCGGCAAUCGGAAACGUUUCAGCCAGGAAGACACAGCCCCUCUCCUCAUCGCAAUGACGUUAUCGUCUAUCUUUCACCAAUGGUCUGAUCUCCAUUUACUCUCAGGCUACAAAAAGUCAUUCAUUGACUCUUUCUCUUUCUCGACCUUCCUACCUCUCUAGCUCUUUUCCUAUAUCUCUAUCUAAAUCUCUCUCUCCCUCUCUAUGCGUAUCGAUAUACACUAUAUAUAUAUAUAUAUAUAUAUAUAUAUGUACACAUACACACACACAUAUAUACACACGCAUAUAUAUAUGUUGAGCAAAGAAUACUUUUUCCAACCUCCUCUACUCUCUAAUAUAUAACUACCUCUUCCAUUUCUCUCUCAUACUUUGUCACAAUGUUAAACACUUCUCUCACGACCUCUCUCAUGCGUGCAUACAGACACACAUUCACACAUAUGCAUAUUCUCCCCUAUACAAACACAUAGACACACAAAAAACACCCGCAGACAUAUACUGUAUACCUCUCUCCGCUCUGUUUUCUUUCUUUUCGACGUUUCAACUAUGUUACUGUUAACCUAUUUCUCUUUUCCUUCGUACAUUUUUUCAGUAUUUCUCCAAUACUUUCACUCUCUCGUUAACCUUGAAAAACUGCCCUCGUUCUUCAUUAUUUCUUAGCUUUUCUCUCGAUGACUCAAUUCUUUUCAGAACGUAUCUUUCUACAUGGUUACCAUUUAACAUUUGGUGUACUCUGUUGUAACAUAGUUUAACUUUAAUCGCCGCUUCUUCAAUGCCUGAGCGUUACAACCAGAUAUAUUUUCGGUACUCCCGGAAAUUAAACACGACUUUCUAUUCUUCUUUUCUCUUUCUCUCUAUUUUUUCUGGAAUAAACAUAUUGAAGAGAAAAACCUAAAAAAAAAAACAACAAGUACUAAA